GUGGGGCGGGGCUGGAGGUAUGGGCACCCUCCCCGCCCCCCCGCACGUCCUGCCUCGCCGGAAGUGAAGGUGCGGGUUGGGUCGCGGGCUCUGAGCGGCCCCUGCCCGAUGGCAGCAGUAGUUCUAGGGGGCGACACCAUGGGUCCUGAACGUAUCUUCCCCAAUCAGACUGAGGAACUCGGGCCACAUCAGGGCCCCACGGAAGGCACUGGGGAUUGGAGCAGUGAGGAACCAGAGGAAGAACAAGAGGAAACAGGGGCAGGACCAGCUGGCUACUCCUACCAGCCUCUGAACCAAGAUCCUGAACAAGAGGAGGUGGAACUGGCACCAGUGGGGGAUGGAGAAGAUGUAGUUGCUGAUAUCCAGGAUCGGAUCCAGGCCCUGGGGCUUCAUUUGCCGGACCCACCACUAGAAAGUGAGGACGAAGAUGAGCAGGGAGCUACAGCAUUGAACAACCACAGCUCUAUUCCCAUGGACCCAGAACAUGUAGAGCUGGUGAAAAGGACGAUGGCUGGCAUAAGCCUGCCUGCGCCAGGGGUUCCUGCCUGGGCUCGCGAGAUAUCAGAUGCCCAGUGGGAAGAUGUGGUACAGAAGGCCCUCCAAGCCCGGCAGGCUGCCCCUGCCUGGAAGUGACCACCCUGAGAGCUGCUGUAACUCCUUGCAUUCCAGGCCAGAACCAGCACAGGACUGAACAUACCCUGGUUGUCACAUCCAUCUCCAUCCUCCCCAGCCCUCCUCCACAUCAAGGCAAAUCAGACUUCUUCUCAGAGACCCACUUUAUUCAGUUCUGUACAUAUGGGGACAUCAGCCCAAGCCCAACCCACCUUAGCAUGUAUCAUUCUGUGGAGAAUAAAGCACCCUAUGUACACAGCCAAAAGCUGCACUGCCUGUG